GAUGAGGAAACAACAGAUGAUACUGAUAAUCGUGGAACUCAACAGUAUCAAACAUUAAAUGAACAACAGAAAGAAAUUGUAGAUUACGUAUUAAAUUUAUGUAAUAUAAUUAAUAGUAAUGUAGCAAAUUGUAUUUAUAUAGAUGGCCCUGGUGGAUCUGGUAAAACAUUUAUUUAUACAACGUUAUGGUAUUUAUUAAAAAUUAGAAAAAAAAAUAUAUGUACAAUGGCUUACACAGGAAUCGCUGCAACAUUACUUCCAAAUGGAAAAACUUUACAUAAAGCUUUUGGAUUGCCUGUACCUCUUUUUGCCGAUUCAUCAUCGAACAUUAAAUAUACUUCAAAACAAGGGGAAUAUCUCAAAAACAUUGAUGUUUUUAUAUGGGAUGAAGCACCAAUGGCACCAAGAUAUGCUUUAGAAGUAAUAGAUAGAACUUUACGUGAUAUGAUGAAUAAUGAAGUACCAUUCGGAGGAAAGAUAAUGAUUUUAGGAGGUGAUUUUAGACAAUUAUUACCUGUAAAAAAAAAUUCAAUUCGAUCAGAAAUAAUAACUUUAUCGAUCAAGUAUAGCCAUCUUUGGACACAUUUUCAUCAAUUUACAUUGACUCAAAAUAUGCGUACAUUACCUUCAGAAAUAGAAUUCACUAAAUUUUUAUUAGAUGUUGGUAAUGGUACUUUAAAUGAUACUAAUGAUAACUUAAUUUUACCAGAUCAAUGUCAUGUAUUUAAAAUUGAAGGAAUGAUUCAGAAUGUAUUUGAAAGGUUAAUAAUUCAACGUGAAUUUAAAUUAAUUUAA